CAGAAUGCAGGUGUUUUUGACUGACCAAUACAAUUUAAGCUUCGAACUAUUAGAUAAAUACCGAUAAUCUCUCUAGGCCCUAGAUCAUUGUAACUACACCCCCCUCCCCAUUAUAAUUACACAAGACAGAUUUUUGCGCCCAAAAAUCAGCAUUUUACGCCGUGUCGCCAUUUAUUUUGCAAACACGAAACACUAAACACAGAGAACGGGUCGUAUAAAUACCAAUAAUUCAUCGCCUAGACAUCACUUGAUCUUGUCUUUAUUGAUAGCAGGGGGGGACGACAAAGAUGGCACUUCUACCUCUAAGAUUGGCUGUAUUGACAGAGCUUCAAAAAACACGAAAUGUUGUCGGCGGAACAGGCUCACACAAUUUUCACAUUAUAAACAGAGCAAAAGAUGGAUUGAUGACUUUGAUGAAACCUGAUUCAAAAACAGUUGUCAUUGAAAUAGACUUUUCUAUGAGACCGCCACCUCAAAUGAGGGUAUGGGGUGAAACAGUGAGGAUUAUUACCCAAAUCUUGGACGCAACACCUAGGGGCAAACAAUUUCAUUACAUGGUUGAGGGUGUCACUGUAAGAGAUGGCCGCGACGAACAUCCAGGUCUCACUAUGUAUAGAGGCCAGUCGGGCCUUGAUGUAACAAAUGGCUACAAUAAUAAUGGACGCUGUGCAGAGAUCAGGUAUGACGAACUACGGUUUACACUUAUACCAUACAACUAUGUAGAGCAUACAAGUGAACACUUUGUUGAAAAUGUCUUUACAGCAUUAAAAAGGGCUUUUGCAGUAGAGGAUCAAAACAUUGAAAUAUACCUUCAAAUACACCUAGAUGCUCUUCCGACAUAUUGCGAGGGAGCCCCAUUGACAAAGGCCGACAGAGCAAUCGUAGAGAAAAACUGCAUCCGGGAUCCUAGUUUCACACAUUAUGUGUCAAUCAGACUUUGGGCUGGUAGUUGCUAUAAUACUACUCUUAUGAACUGUGUGGUGGCAGUUGCUCACGUUAUUUUGGGGUUGCACCCGCCAGGUG